AUGGAGAAGGCCAUGGAGAGACUGAAGAUCUGGCAAUCUACUGAGCUGGAGCUGGAUGAGUAUAGGGAAGCCAUUGACCAGCUGAUGAAAGAUCUGGACCUGCUGCAUAGACAGAACAUGGCCCCCAAACCCAUUCUUGAGAUGAGUCUUGGCCUGUCAAGAGAUGUGCUCAACCUCCAUGAUCGUUAUGAGGAUCUCAAGCCCACCUUCAAGACCUCUGAGUUCUGCAAGGCCACUCAUGAAACCAACUUGGCUGAUUUUUUAAAGCAGAAGGCAGAACUGGACCAUAUGGUGGCAGGAUACAAGGAAGCUAAGGCCACCGCAGACAAGCUAGAGAAGCAGAUUGAAGAGCUUCAAAAACAAUUGGCGGAGUGCAAGGAGGUGCAGAGCAGGCUUGGGGCUGGACUGAGUUCCAAGACCAAGGCUACCUUCCUUGUUCAGAGCAUGGUUGCAGUUUCCAGGCCAGCCCUGAAAAUUGUAGAGGCUUCAAUCCACCAAGGGGUGCUGCUUCAGAAGGAACUCUCCAUCAAGAAAGUGAACUUGCAAGAAACCCUUAGGAAAUUAGGGUUAUAA